CACAAAAAACAUCAGCAAAAUAAAUCGGUGUUUAGAUUACUUUUAUCCAAAAUAGAUUAUAAUUAUUAUGUUUUAAAAACUUUUGAUUCACAAUAUGACGCGAGCAUUAGCGAAACUAAACUUGCAUAAAGAGGUAGAUUUAUUUUUAUGUAAGCGCACUUUUGCAGCUAAAAAAGAAGAGCCGAAGAAAGCCACUGUUCCACAGAAGACUGUUGAUCCACGGAGGGUGUUCAGGGUCUACCGGUACGGUGGGAUCUUAUCCAAAGAGGAACCAAAACUCCAGAGUUUCGAACUGGAUGUCAGCACUUGCGGCAAAAUGGUUCUCGACGCCCUCAUCAAACUGAAAGACAUGGACCCAUCCUUGACCUUCAGAAGGUCAUGUCGCGAAGGCAUCUGUGGUUCCUGUGCUAUAAACUUACAGGGCAUAAAUAAACUAGCUUGCAUAACACAAAUACCUCCUGAUAAGACCGUCACAAUCCACCCUAUACCUCAUAUGUACAUUAUCAGAGACCUGGUGGCGGAUAUGACCCAUUUCUUCAAAGGGUACGACAGCAUUCGGCCGUAUCUGAUCAGGAAGAACGAAACGCCGCUUGGUAAAGUGCAGUUCGCUCAGAGCAUCAAUGAUAACGUGAAGAUGAAUGGGCUCUACGAGUGCGUACUUUGUUCUUGCUGCUCGACGUCUUGCCCUAGCUACUGGUGGAAUGGAAGACGGUUUCUGGGCCCUGCUUCAUUGCUGCACGCUUACCGGUGGGUGAUAGACUCCAGAGACGAAGACACGGAACAGAGGCUAUACGAUUUACGCGAUGACUUCAAAGCAUUCAGGUGCCACACUAUCAUGCAAUGUAACCUGGCGUGCCCUAAGGGCCUGACACCAGCAUUCGCAAUAGCCAAACUUAAGAGACUGAUAUCGAAACUAGAGAAGAAACCGCGUCCUGAGUUAGAUCCUAUGAAACUUUCGUCCGGCAGUGGGUGUGUGAAGUGA